UUUCUUUCUUUCCUUAUUAGAUAGUUUCAGUGUUUUUUUUUCCUCUUCAUUCUGCUGGAUCAAGCUGUUGAAGAAGAAGACAGAACGACUGAGCUUAGACUGACCUGUCCAAGAAGACACACAAAGGAAUCACAUGAAGAGUGGAAAAAGAGGAGAAAAUGGAAGAGAGAGAAAAAAUCUUAGAGGAAAGAGAGAAGCUUCUGAAUCGGAAAGAAAUGAAUUUACGGGAAAGAGAAAAGCAUCUGGAUGGGAGGGAGACCUGUUUGGAACAGAGAGAAAAGCAUCUGGAUGGGAGGGAGACCUGUUUGGAACAGAGAGAAAAGCAUCUGGAUGGGAGGGAGACCUGUUUGGAACAGAGAGAAAAACAUCUGGAUGGGAGGGAGACCUGUUUGGAACAGAGAGAAAAGCAUCUGGAUGGGAGGGAGACCUGUUUGGAACAGAGAGAAAAACAUCUGGAUGGGAGGGAGACCUGUUUGGAACAGAGAGAAAAACAUCUGGAUGGGAGGGAGACCUGUUUGGAACAGAGAGAAAAACAUCUGGAUGGGAGGGAGACCUGUUUGGAACAGAGAGAAAAACAUCUGGAUGGGAGGGAGACCUGUUUGGAACAGAGAGAAAAACAUCUGGAUGGGAGGGAGACCUGUUUGGAACAGAGAGAAAAGCAUCUGGAUGGGAGGGAGACCUGUUUGGAACAGAGAGAAAAACAUCUGGAUGGGAGGGAGACCUGUUUGGAACAGAGAGAAAAGCAUCUGGAUGAAAGAGAUAUUCGCUCAGACAGGAAAGAGCUCUAUUUACAACAGAGAGAUAAGCGUCUGGAUGAAAGAGAGACCCGUUUGGAACGAAGAGAAAAGUGUUUGGAUGAAAAAGAGACUCGUCUGCCAGAAAGAGAUCUUCGUUUGUUGGAGAGAGAGAAGCAUCUGGAGAGAACAGAGAGAACAUGGCUCUAUGAAAGAGAAAGUACUCAGGCAAAAUCAGCCCUGAGAGAGAGGUGGAAAGAGUUGCGACAGAGGGGAGGAGAGCAGAGAGAGAGUGAAACUGAAGAGAAAAGGACACUACAGAAUCUACUGUUGAAGAAACGCCCUGUUGCAGAAGCUCAGUUUGUGGGAUCAGCAGUAAAGUUUAUGCCUGGUGAGUGAACAUCUGUUUCAGAUGGAUGUUCCAGGAAAGGAAUAAGUUCUCCAGUUGCCUUCCCGAUACCUCCCAUCAGAAGAAGAGAAAGUAUUGGUGAACCUCCAAGCUGUAAGUCAAUAUUCUGUCAGAAUUUGAGUCAUUGUUCAUUGUUUAGGUGUCUGGAUUUAACAUUGUUACCAUUAAAGGGUGAUUCCAGUGACUUUUCUCAUUUUUUUGCAUAACUAAAUGUUUGUUGUAAACAUUCAGAGUCAUUCAGAAAUGGUUCGAUGUGAUCAGACUCUUGUACUAACCCUCAUCAACCAUGAGCUCCUCUAAGCAGCUGGCAGAAGAUCUGAAAAUGAAGGUAACUGAUUCCUACAAAGCAGGAGAAUACUAUAAAAAGGUAUCAAAGCACUUCCAACAUACAAUUUCCUCUAGCUGAAAGAUCAUUAAGGAGAGCUGUGGAAGUCAAGGUAAGAUCUAGAGGAACUAGAAAACUCUCUGAUAGAACCUCUCGUAUGCCCAAAAAAAGGCAAAGCAAAACCCCCACAUGACACCAAAGCACCUGCAGGAAGGUUUAGCUGAGUGGCGAUGCAUCAUUCUACUGUGUUUUUGCACAAAAAAGCCCCGAAUGGAAGAGUCAUCAGAAGUGAAUCUUAGCCGUGACCUCAUUGUAAAAUUCAGUGUCUGAAGUGCGCAAAACAACAUCAAGUUAAUCCAGAAGCAUGUUGGAAAUGAUCGCUGUGGACUGAGGAAGUAAAAAUUUAACCCACUCGCCAUAAUCAUCAAAAGUAUGUUUAGAAAAAAGGAGCAGCAUUUGAUGAAAAGAACAUCAUGCCAACUGUUAAGCAUGGGGUUGACCUGUUUUGCUUUGAGGUUGUGUGGAAGCCAGUAGCUCAGAAAACACUGCAUGGACAGGUGGAAGAGUGGAUUCCACCAAGUAUCAGAAAACUCUGGAAGAAAAUGUGAUGCAGUCAGUAAAGAAACUGAAGCUGAAAACCAAUGAAUUACCGUUUCAAAAUCUACCAUGAACUACUUUAAAGACUACAAGCUGAAGCUUUUGGAAUGUUUCUCACAGUUCACUUGAUGUUUUUGGACGUCGUAUGUCUUUACGUAUUAACGUCAGACACACAGGCUCAAAAAAAGGUCCGGCUCGAUGUUUAGGGCUCAAAUGAUCUCAAAAUCAACACCAUACUGAUGAAGAUGUGUUGACAUUAGUAGAUAAUUCACUCACAGCUCCUUCACCACGUUUAGACUGAGCUCUCUCUGAGUUCACUUUAAAUCAUCAGAUUCAUCCACUUGGGGAAGGGGUCUGAAGCACAACCCAUUCUAAAAAAAAAGUGUGCUUCUGAAUGUUGUGUGCAGUUACAGAUCUCCACCAAAAAGGACUCCAAAUCCCCAAAUCCUAUCCUAAUGGUCUAUUACCUGAGAUGAAAUAAAUGCAUUGAAAUGCACUGAAACUGUGGAACUGUAUUGCUUGAUUAAGGUUCUUGCAGUAAUUAAGUUUUUCUUUGCCUGCAGUGGGGAAAGAAAAAAGCCCACCAAAUCCAGAGGAAUCUGCGACCAAACCUGACCCUGGCACCCAGAGCUGAGUUCAGCGUGGAGGUUAAGUCUAGUGAUUCUGGAGCUUAAACCAACCUGGAAUCAUCUGGGAAACAUUCAAUAAAACUGCCAUUUUCCUCUUUUUAACUUCAUAUUUUAUUUACACUUUACCUGACAAAGAUCAUGAGGCUUUUAUAAGCUCUGCAGCUUCAAAACCUCAUUCAGCCGGACAAUGAUACGAAAUGCGCAAGCAAGUCCACCUCUGAAUGACUCAAAAGAAACAAAAUUUAGGUUGUGGAGUGGCCGAAUCAAAGUCCUGACUUAAAUCCCAUUGAGAGGCUGUGGAAAAACCUUAAAUAGGCAGUUGAUACUCGAAAACUCUCCAAUGUAGCUGGAUUAAAACAAUUCUCCAAAGAAGAGUGGGCCAAAAUUCCUCCACAGUCAUGUAAAAGACGCAAGCAAGUUUGUGAUGAGCACAUUGAAUGCACAUUUAAAUUUGUUUGCUUAUACAUAUAAGAGCAUUAAUAAUGAAUUGUGUGUGGUGACUUUUUUUUUUUGACGGACGCUUAACAGAGUUGAACAAACUCGGACUCUCACCACUAGUGAAACCAACGAGGGGUGAGCAACCUGGCUUGGAACCCGAGACAGCUGUGUCUUGGCACGUUUAUUGCUCGACAUAUUCUCUUCCACACCUACUUCGUGCUUGUGGAGUGAACUGUAUAUAUUGUACCUGUAUGUUUAUGUACAUGUGUAUAUACAUUACUUAGCACAAACAUUGUUUGGUGUCUGGGGAAGGAAACACACUUGCAUAUAGAUCAUUAAAUGUUGCAACUACUGUGGUAAAGAGCUGUUUGCAUGGUGAGCUCAAUUGAGAGUGGUAUAUUGUGCUGCCCCGACCUUAAAGGUGUUUGUAAGAACAUUCUCUGUGGAACCCCAAUAAGGUAGGCUUCUGUAGCACGGACUGUAAAUAUUUAUAGUACGGGAUGAAAAUACAGCAUGCUUUUUACAAGUUAUCACAAAUGUUUGAUUGCAAGAUUGGCACAACUAGCUAUUAGGUUUACUGGGACAAGUACAUUUUCACAUGGAUGAUACAGGUUUUGAACAAAUGUUCAUUUUUAAUAAAUGGAAUGGUCAACUUAA